AUGGUAACCGGUGAUGAGAGAACGCUGGAUCUGACUACAACUUUCGGACUCAAUGCACUUGCCGCAUUAGCCACUGUCCUAGGUGGUUGUGUCAUUUUCAGCAACAAACUCCUACAACUCGCCAGUCCCAUGUUCAUGGCUGUUCUCCUUAGUGUAUCUGGGGGAAUAACGCUUUUUCAAACUCUCGUCCUACUGCUGGCAAGCUCGUUUCAAGAAUUUUAUGAAACAUUCGGAGAAAGUGACGGUGCUGACAAAAUGAGGAUAGACGACAACGAUAUCGGCAAUGCAUGGCUGGCAGCCACUGGGUGUUUUGGUGGUGGUAUACUCAUUAGCUACCUUGUCGACUAUAUCGUUCAGAAACUCACGCCGGGUCAAAAUAUGAAUGGCACAGCUCGUAUGCACCCCGAACGUCUGUCAUUCGAAGAAGGUAUGUAUGACCUCAAGCCACCAAUAGAACUCGCUCAAAACCAGGGCAGCGAUGUAUUUAUCAAAAUGGACGAAGCUGCCAAAGAGAAGCUGCAGCGUAUGGGCAUUCUGAGUGCCAUGGCAGUUGGUAUUCAUAAUAUUCCCGAAGGCAUAACUACAUUCGUGGCUUCCUCCGAACAUGCGUGGAUUGGACUGUCACUUGCGAUUGGUGUCGCUCUACACAAUGUUGCCGAGGGCAUUGCAGUUGCUGCACCAAUUUACUUUGCAACAGGCAGCACAUGUCGCGGUCUACUUUGGUGUUUCUUAUCAGUUCUUGCACAACAUAUUGGUGGUCUCAUAGCAUUUGUGUCACUUGGCACAGAUGCCGAUAAUGCAUCGCAGGGCAUUUUAUACGGUUUGUGCGCCGGUAUGUUGUCUGGCAUCACUAUGAAAGAAAUCAUUCCUACUGCCUACAUGUACGCUAAUGGACGGAUGUACCUCGUGUCGGCUGGUGCACUAGGUGGUAUGUUCUUAAUGUCUACCGGGCUCAUUUUCUUCAAGUACAUCGGCGUAUGA